UUAACGGAAAUUUUUUCCGUUAAAAGUAUUUUCGGAAAAUCAUGCCAGUGUAGACGUAGCCCUGAUGUGUCUUAUAGAUCUUUACUUUCCCAGAAUGUCAUGGUUUCCUUUACUAUCAGAGUGACUGUUGCAUAUUUCCAUAUGGUAUGUAUUUUACUUGAACAACAUGGUGGCAAUAGAUUUUUAUCCAAUUAUAUGUUUAUAAAGGAAGGCAACAGGGCAGGGAUAAAUGUCAACAAGAAGUCCUGAAUCUUCCCUUGAAUGAACAUGGCGCUAGUUGGUGAUCUACCUGUGUGCAUCAGAGGUCAGAAGUUGAUAUAUAGGUUGCAGUCUCUGAAUUCUCCUAUCCUUACAUUUUAAAUUCUAUUUUGUUUUUGCAUCUUUUUCAGUUUCAAACAAGAAAUUAAAAUACAGUGAUUUCAUUAUUUUCACAAUGUUUUAUAUAAAUAUUUUAAAGAAAGCUUUGAGAUUUUUACAUCGCUAUCUUUUGAGAAAGCAUUACCAAAAUUAUUUUAAUAGAAAAAUUAAGCAAAUUAAUGUGUGAAUUCUUUUUUUAAAUACUUGGUGCAACUGUUCCUGUUAACUAAUCCAGUCACUUGGAAGGCAAUUACACUGAGCUUUGACAACAUUGCCAACUCACUGCAGUGUGCCUUAUGCCAAACACUAUUGUUGUUUUAUUGACCACAUUCACCAUUACAUAUGCAUAUGAAAAAACGGAGGUAUUUUCAUCAGGAUUACCCUAAUAGCAUUAAGAGAUUAUUUUUUAAAUUUCCUUGGAAGAAAAUUCACCUAAAUGAGAUUACUUAUUACUUGACUGGUUUCCUAUCAUGCUGCUAUGUUUAGGUAAGUGGAGUCCAUUAGACUAUAAAGUUUUUUUAAAAACUGAUUUUAUACAUUAAUGAUUUCAAAUAAAAGGGAAGUACUAUAUUUGUGCAUAACUUUCUCAAAAGGAGCUAAGUCGGAUGUUCUGGUUAGGAGAGAUAACACUUUUUGUCCCUGUUGGUGGCCCUCCCCCCCUCCCCCCCAGUGUCACCAUUAGUUGCUAAUUACUUGCAAACAAAUAAACAAUUAACUCCUCGUGCCUCUUGGUGGGAGAGUCUUCAUUGACAUGCUAAAACUUUCUAAUAAAAGAUUUUAAUUAAUGACGUUGCAAAUCCAACCCUCUUGUCAACACAGCUAUAAGGAGGGUUGCAAGAAAAUGCAAGCACAGUUCAUGUUAUACGUAGACUGAAUCUGAAAGAAUGGCAAAUCCAUCAUUAUGUACUUCUAAUACAGAAGCAUCUCAAAAUCUUCAGAAAGUGUCCAGUUUUGUGGAAACUAAAACCACACAUUGCUCUUUUUCCAUUGAAAGCAUUUUGGGAUUAGAACAGAAAAAAGAUGGCAUUCCAGCUGCAAAACCUCACAGACCAUGGAAGGAUACAUGCAAUAACUUAGGAGAAAAUGCUAGUCUGUGUCUGCAGACACCUGUCAUUUCCUGUGAAAGGCCAUUAUUUCAUGGUAACAGUUGCCCAAUGCUGGAGGAAAGAGUUUUGAAAUGUGAAAAAUAUUUUUCAGCCACUGAAAGGCUGUCCUACAAAAGGGAACUAAGCUGGUACAGAGGUAGGAGACCAAGAACUGCUUUCACUAGAAACCAGAUUGAAAUGCUGGAAAAUGUUUUUAGAGUGAAUUCCUAUCCUGGCAUUGAUGUUAGAGAAGAACUAGCUCACAAACUAGAUUUAGAUGAAGACAGAAUCCAGAUCUGGUUCCAGAACCGCCGUGCAAAGCUGAAAAGAUCUCACAGAGAAUCUCAGUUUCUAAUUGUAAAAAACACUUUAACUUCCAACCUUCUGGAAUAGAAAGAAGCUAGCUAGUUACCAUUAUUCUACCAUAGUAGAACAGGAAGAAUAAGUGGAAACUUCAUAAUUUGCAUAAUUAAGCAAUGAUAAUGUAAUAUUUGUACUUUUAAUAUUUGCAUCUAGUUUUGAAAUAUUAUCAUGAUUUUCAUUAAACACUAAAUACUUCAUAUUAUUAAUGCACUUUUUGUAAAAAAAAAAAUGCUCCAUAUAUUUUAAUAAAUAUUUUCAGAAACAUGUAAAAUAUUUUUGAGGUUAACAAACUGACACCCUAGAUCCUGAGGUGAUGUAAAUCUGAAUAGCUUACUUGAAGACAGUGGAGUCCUACCAGUUUACACCAAUUUAGGAUUUGUUUUUUUGUUGUUACUGAUUCCAGAAGACUCAGCAGGAUUACAUGAAAAAAGUUUGUUUAACAAAGCCAAUUUGUUUGUUUUACAACCUUAUAUUUUAAAGGUAGAGGAAAAAUCAUCUAAAGUACACAAUUAUGCAAAUAUGUUACUGCUGUUACAGAAACUUAGCUUAGGUAUUUUUCUGGAAUUAAAUAGCUUUUCAGUGUUUGCAGUGUAGAGCUGAAAUUUUUUUAAAAGAUACAGUAUACUUGGUUUUAUGAGACAUAUCUUUUUAAUUAAGUGAAAAGCCUAGAUGAACAAUAACAAUGUGUGUCAUUUGUAUUUUAGCCAAACCAAUUAAACUUAAAAGAAGUUUAAAAUGUCACUCUUAUGGACUGUUUGUAUUAAUUAAAACAUGAGGAAAAUAUAUAUAGCUAAUGUUUGCCUAGUUAAUAUUAUCAGCUUAUCUAUAUCCAAUCCAAAUCGUUUUGUCAAUGUUAAUGAUCCAGUCUUGUGAAGUAUUGAGUGCCAUCAGUAUCUCAUGAGAAAAUUCAGCACUUCAUAGGAUCAAACCCACUGAGAUUACAUACAUUGUUUCCUUUAUUUAUUCUCAUAAUAAUACUGUGAAACAUUUUUCAUGAAGUUCAUAGUGGUAAAGAUGAUCAAAUGGAACAAGAAAACCAAGCUUCCUGACACUUGAUAUUGAUUCAACCCAAAGUCAAUGUAUGUAGUCCCAUUUACAAAGUAACACCUUUUAUUUAUAUCAUAUGUUGCUGAUUCAAGAAAUCCACAUUCAUCCCUGUUGAGUAAGGUAUUUAAAUACAUACUUAAAUAUAAAUGUAUGUUGAAGUCUCAUUGCUUUCA